AACAGAUUAAUUUAUACAUCAUCUGGGUGACAGGUCUGCAGCCAGGUUCAAGAGAGUUUGAAUUUGUUCUUGAAAGCAUUAGUUUCUGCAAGUAAGCACCAUCCCCUUGAGUAACAUUAAACUGAAAGACAAAUCAUCCAAUGUACAGCUUUGAAUAGUUGUGGAGAGAAAAAAAGUCAGAGGGCCAAGCUGGGACACUUUCCAUUUUACUGGAUGGUUUAAUGAUUUGCUCGAAACAGUACCUAGCAUAAUAUAUAUGCUGCUCACUGCAGUUGCAAGACAUUGUCCUUGACCAAACUGCACUGUAGGUUUCAUUAUAACCACUGUAACAAAAAAUUGCUUGCUGAAACAAAAUGGAUUGGGCAGAGCCGGUUCCAGCAUUGUUCAUUUUUAUCCUCAUGAUUACCUUUGUUUUGAAACUGGGUACUUUGUGGAACAAGAGCUCCCAAAAUCUUCCACCAGGACCGAGGCCUUUACCUCUCAUUGGGAAUCUCCACAUCAUGGAUCUGAAGAGGCCUUACAGAACCAUGUUAAAGUUGUCAAAGCAAUAUGGCUCUGUCUUCAGCAUGCAAAUGGGACCUCGGAAAACUGUGGUGUUGACAGGAUAUGAGACAGUAAAGGAGGCUCUGGUUAAUCAGGCAGACGCAUUUGCAGACAGACCCAUCGUUCCAAUGUUUCAAGAGCUUUCACAAGGCUUUGGUGUAACUCUGUCUAAUGGUGGAAACUGGAAAGUGAUGCGGCGGUUUGCUUUAAGCACAUUACGGGACUACGGAAUGGGAAAGAGGACCAUAGAGGAUAGAAUUGUUGAGGAAUGCAGUGUCCUGAUAAAGAAAUUUGAAUCCUACGAAGGAAACCCAUUUGAGACCACCACAAUUAUGAAUGCAGCUGUUGCCAAUAUUAUAGUGGCCAUACUACUAGACAAGCGAUUUGAUUAUGAAGAUCCCACAUUCAUAAGACUUCUGAAGUUGAUCAAUGAAAAUAUCCGGCUUUUCGGAAGCUCUUCAGUCACGCUGUAUAAUAUGUUUCCUGCUCUUGGUUUUCUUUUGGGGGCUCAUAAGACUGUCCUUCGCAACAGAGAUGAGCUGUUUGCCUUCAUAAAUGCCACCUUCAUAAAACACCUCAGAGAUUUGGAUGAAAAUGACCAGAGGAGCUUUAUUGACUCAUUUCUUAUCCAGCAGCAAGAGGAGAAGAAGAAGAACAGGACAAAUGCAUUUUUCCACAACGGAAACUUAACAGUUAUUGUGGCCAACUUAUUUGCUGCUGGCAUGGAGACCAUUUCUACCACACUGCGCUGGGGACUGUUACUAAUGAUGAAAUAUCCUGAAAUUCAGAACUGCCCUUUGUGCCUCAGUUUUCAAAAGUUUCGGAAUUCAAAGAGUCUUCGAGAAUGGAUUAUGUUCAAAAACCAAGUAAAGGUCCAAGAAGAAAUUGAAAAGGUUGUUGGAUCUUCUCAGCCAAGAAUUGAACACCGAACAAAAAUGCCUUAUACAGAUGCUGUGGUCCAUGAGAUCCAGAGAUUUGCCAAUGUUAACCCAACCAACCUGCCACAUGCCACGGCUACAGAUGUUACCCUCAAUGGCUACUUCAUUCCAAAGGGGACUUUCAUCAUACCAUUGCUGUCCUCUGUACUGCAUGAUGAAUCUCAAUGGGAGAAACCACAUAAAUUCUACCCUGAGCAUUUUCUCAACUCUGAAGGAAAAUUCGUAAAGAGAGAUGCUUUCAUGCCUUUCUCCGCAGGACGGAGAGCAUGUUUAGGUGAGACUCUUGCCAAAAUGGAGCUCUUCCUCUUCUUCACAAGUCUCCUGCAGAGAUUCACCUUCCAGCCACCCCCUGGAACAUCUCAAGAAGACCUGGACCUUACUCCUGCUGUUGGGCUUACAACACCUCCAAUGCCCCACCAGCUCUGCGCUCUGCCACGUUUCUAAGACUGACAAGUUUCUAGGUUGCUUAUCCUACCUGUGUGUGCAAUGCAAGCCUUUCUUAAAACAGCCCUGUUCUACAAGAGUAUUUGGGCUGAGUAGGCUACUGGUGGAAUUGGUGCAUGCUUUGUCACAAACCUUUACCUGCCAUACUGCCGAAUCCUGUGAAACUAGCUUUGGAUCAUCUCUUACUUAAAACCUGGCCCUGAGUUCUUAUGACACAACAGAGCUGGUUCAUGUAUUCCCAUGUUAACAUAUACCUUCAAAUAUCUUGAAGCAUCAUAUUCCCAAGUAGAUGCGCAGAAAAAUGUGACCAAGAGGAUAAAGGGUCUGGAAACUUUCUCUGAGAGUCUGGGUAGCUUAAGGCUUCCGUCAUCAACAGAAUACAGUCUGGUUAUAUCAAAAAUGAAAAUGGCGGAAAUGUGUCAAACUCAAAAUAAAAACGUACAUUUCCAUAAGUGGAAAAACGCGAAAACUCAAAACCUUUUCUGCCUAGCUACUGCUCUGAGAGGGAAGAGGGAGCUAAUCCCUUUCACAAUGGAGACAUGGUCUCACCAGGAAAUAUUUUAAAAAGUCCGCUUUGAAUCUCUCUUAAGAAAAUCCAGUCACAUCCAUUAAAAUACUUUGAAUUUUGUCUUAACUGGGCCCCAUAAGCUUUGUAGGAAUGGAUUUAGGCACUACGAGAGGAUGCACUGCUUACUUAUUGACCUUCCUUGCUCACAUUGUUGCAUGUCAUAUGCUCUAAUGUAUACAAAGAUAUACCCUAAUGCCACCAUGUUAAACAGUUUCAGAAUGAAAAUGAAUAAAAACUAUGCUAAAA